AUGAUGAGAAAUUGCUGUUAUAUUGCAGAGUCAAGAAGUCAAGUUUUUCCACUGGCAAAUGGAAGAGAUGAUUCUAUUUGUCCAAAGUCCUUUUCGUGUGGAAAUCUUACUGACCUGAGCUUUCCUUUCUCUCUUUCCCCACAAUCUGACUGUGGAAUUGUUUCUAUGUCUGGUUGUGAUGCUAAACCAUUUCCGAAAAUCCAACUGCUUCCUGAAGAAGAUUGGUACCAGGCUUUUAAUAAAAAAAUUUCCCUUCCAAACUCUCCUUCUAUUUCUUUCAAUAUGCUUAAUCUUAACAACUUCUUCAAAUGCAACACUACCAGUAAUAAUCCCCUAAACGUUACCCAGAAGAAGAAUGAUCGUUUUGCUGGUUAUAAUAUGUACAAUGGCUGUGAAGGCUUUAGCAUAUACUACAAGCUUUCCCGAGAUGGUGAUGAAUACAUAGGAGCAGACAAUCUUCCUACCAACUGUACACUUAUCAGAUUGCCAAUUCAGUCAAGUCAUGGUGAUUUGUUCAACUGCCUUUACGAGCACAACUGCAAACAAAUGCAGCAGUUUGUAAAUGAAAUUGAGAUCCUUACUAGGCUAAGACACAACAAUCUUGUCACCCUCUAUGGCUGCACAUCAAGGCAAAGCCGUGAACUACUCCUUGUCUAUGACUAUGUUCCUAAUGGAACUCUUGCUGAUCACCUCCAUGGUGAUAGAGCGAAGGACGGAUCACUCACGUGGCCAGUCCGCAUGAACAUUGCCGUUGAAACUGCUGGUGCAUUGGCAUACCUGCAUGCUUCUGACGUAAUACACUGGGAUGUCAAGACUAAUAGCAUACUCCUUGAUCACAACUUUAGUGUUAACGUUGCAGAUUUUGGGAUUUCAAGGCUCUUCCCAAAUGAUGUGUCUCAUAUUUCAACUGCACCCCGGGGGACGCUAUAUUGA